AGCCGCGAAGAAAAAGAAAAAACACUUUUUGGAUUCCCCAAAACCCAAAAGAAAAACACGAAAAGAAAACAUUAGCUGCAAAGCGAAGAAGAAGAAACGUAACCCUCCAUCCGACGUACGUACAUAAAUCAUUAUCCGUUUGUAAGCACUUUUAGUACUUUCACUACGUAAACCUCCACAAAAUGUUGGACUUGAUGACCCUCGGAUUGAGCCUCGGUGCUCAGGAGGAGCUGAACAAGGCUCGUGAGGCCCAUGGAGCUGAGCUCAACCAGGAAACUGCUGCUCCGGCUGAGCAGACCCCGACCGUCGUUAGCCAGGCUGCCGAAGUCGUUGGUACGUUUUUGUAGGUGUGGUUUGUGUUUGAAGAUUCCCUUUUUAGGUGUUGGCUCUAUUAUCCUUAUAUAUAUUUAUAAAUAUAUAUAUGAUUUCAAUCCUCUCUGUCGCUUCUCCUACGAUUAGGUGGACCUUUCAGAAGCUAAAAGAAAAACUGUUACUUCUCGUCCUCACCUCCUACCACAGAAUCCGCGUUGGCCGCUGUGGAGAGCGCCGCUAGCUCGGUUGUCGAUGCUAUGCUUCCGGGAGGCGACAUGGUUGAGACUGUGAUGCAGUCCUGCGCUGUUGAGGCUCCGACGAUCGAUCUCUCCUUGCCAUCGUCUUCUUCCUCGGUUCCGGUUGCCAAGAAGUAAAUCGUCAGUGCUUGCCGAUACAACAAGGAAAACGAACCAAAGCAAAGAGGAUAAGAAGGUAAGUAUGAUUUUGCUUGUUAGCGUCAAAAUAGAAAAUUUACGUUUAUUUCUAGUCGCUUUUGCGAAUGCUUCCUGGUUAAGUACGAGUGAGCCUUGAACGUGAUAAUCUCGUUUACAGAAUGAAGUUUUUUCCAUUUUCACUCAGGUAAAUUUUAGGAGUAAAAUCGAAGUGGAAGAUGAAGAGUAGAAAGAUGGAAACGAACUAUAAACAAAAUUAAUGAUGAUCAUGAGAAUUGGUUCGAGCAGCACUGGAAUAUUGCAAGAGCACGGUUAGAGAGCAGCAGAAAAACAGCCUUUCGGCGAUGAAGCAAGCAACACCCUUGUGCCGAGCACUUGCAUGGCGCUAAAUCGGCUGGUCACAACUUACGAGACGUGAAGUUGUAAUCGGUAACAUCAGAAUAAGCUCGGUACUAUUCUUUACAACGCUCUUCUACAUGCAAACAUCAUCUUCAGUACAAACAUCUUCAUUAUCUCUUUCGUAAGCUAACAAACUACUACGUAAUGUUCAUAAAACUCGACGUAAAUAUACUAAACCACGUAAGUAUCGCAGCGACUAAUGCAUUCAAAAUCAAAAAAUACGUCAACACUUCAAAGAAACCAAAUGAUCAUACAGUUUCGCUCAAUGACUGAAUAAAUGCACUGAGGAGUUUAGUUAUAGCGUAAUGCCAUCAAGAAAGAAUCUGCUGGACAUACGACAACUAGGAGCGAAGAAGGCAGACAGAGAUUCUGUAGCUACAAAUUUCUUGAUUCUUGAACAGCUCUGUGAAUCUUUUGACUUUCUGAAGGAGUUGUUGUACUAGGGAAAAAAUUCGAAAGAAC